AUGCGACCUCUGAGGAAGGAUGGAGCCCAUGGAGCCCAUGGAGCCCACGGAGCCGAUGGAGCCCGUGAGCUUCCAGCCAUCAUGCCCACGCACCGCUUGAGAUCCAAGACGGAGCUGCGUGACGUCUAUCCGCGCAUGGGCGGCGUCUAUCCGCGCCUUCCGGCCUUGAAGUUGCCCCUGUUGCCGAACCAGUCCAAUGAGGACCUGCUCUCCAAGACGGGUCCCAUGCCGUCCAAAGCGGCGAAGCGCAGCUGGACGCCCGGCCGCGGAGGACGAAGCUGGAAGCUGCCGGAGGCGCAGAUGACGGCGCGCGAGCCUCGAGAAACACGAGCGAUUCCUGGGGUCCCAGAGUUCAUCACCAGCAUCACCUUCGGUGUGGAGGAUGUUGACAUCGUUGACAUCCUCUCCCAACGCAUGGUAGGGUGUCGCCCCGUGCCCGGUCCGAGUCGCCCGGCGGCCGUGGGUCCACCACGUCGCUGCGGGGCCUGCGCCCGCUGCGCGGGCGCUCGACGUCGGCGUCGCGGCACCACAGCAGGGGCCGGUCCUCGCAGAGUGGGUCGCCGGAGGGGAGUCCAAGCCCACGACAUCAAUUCCUACGAAAAGGCCAGCUGGAGCGCUUUCGACGGAGGCGCAGGCUUGGUUUCCCAGCAACUGGUAGCGCAGCAAAAUCGACAACGCUUCGGGCGGCCUUCCAUCCAAGUAGAAGUUGAAGAGGAGGAGCCAGCCGUCACUCGGCCACCGCUGCCGUUCGUGAGCGACCUAAUAUCUCCGCAGGCGCAGGCGGUGGUGGAAGUGAGGCGCGGGGGGGGGUGGUGGUAG